GCUCUGCGCAUGCGCAUUGUAAAUCGCCAAAGCUAGAAUAUCAGCGAGAGGGUUGUUUUUCUACUACGCAGCAGGCGCUCAGCAAUGGACAGAUGCAUUUGUAAUUCGUAAGGAUGUAAGCAACACAAUGCAGACAUUCCUCAAUCGAUAAAGCCCACGGAAACGGAUAAGAAAGAGAGGGUGACCAAUUGACUCAGGAGAAAUGUCUACCAAUAACAACAUGAUGUCCAAGAAGACAGAGUACAUGAAGAAGUACAGGGAGCCAAAAUGGGAGACCUUCUCGAAAUCUUAUGAGGACUCUCUGAAAUACAGACUUACGCGGAGGUUGAUGGAGCAAACACACAGACCCUUUUUCGCUGAGGGAUGGGACAGCGGGUCAGACUCAAGCGCAACGUCCAGUCCCAAACACCAAGAGGUGAACGUCCCAAAUGCCAAACACUACAUAUCCUCAUCGGAGUCCAAGAACGAGACUGCAGAAGUUUUGAACUCCUGGAAACCGCAGGUGAAUGGAGAAGUGCACACAGACUCUAGUGCAACCUUGGAAAGCGCUGCUCGUCUGGAAAAUGGUUACAAAGCUGUGACUAGCAACGGACCGUCAGAAUCCUUUCCAAAGCGGCGUCAGAGACACCGGGCGCCCCGUUCAGAGCCGUGCUACCCUAAUAAAGAUCUGGAUAGCGAUGAAUCCCGAAUAUCAAUAUCAAGAAAGCCAUCCAGGGCCAAGAGCCAACCUCCGGGCAACUCCAAGGAGAGGACGUCCAACCGCGAGAACAGACGGCCUUUUAUCCGCUACGACUGGGCAGAAAGACACAUCGAGACCAGGAGGACACCAAAUAUAAGAGCGUCUGUUUCUGCUGGAGAGAUUCAUCGGGCCGACGUAGGCGUCCAGACACGAAGGGAGUCGAAAAAAAAUGGGCGUGCGUCUGAUCAUUGGAGAGCGCGAUCAGCUGACGUGGAGAAGAGCAGGAGGUCGGGGCUGAGUGUGGCGGACGAGCGCUGGAUGACCGAGUACAUGCGCUGCUUCUCCGCACGGCUGAGGUAGAGGCUGAUCCAGGACCAGUUUAUGUCUGUGGAUUUUAAAGUGAAGCCACAGGUAACAGAUCCUAAACCAGCACUAAUGGACAAUUACGGGAGAGACUGGCGACAAAAACUGAACUUAAGCAUUCCUCUGAAUUCAAACUCGUAACUCAUAUUUUUGAUGCUGGCUACAAUCACUUUCUCAUGAAUGCAUGAAGGACCAAACAUGUACGGUUGAAGAUUAAAUUAUUUGCCCUUUUGUGAAAUUUUCACCUUUUAUCAAAAAUGUCCCAAGUGCUGUUUAAUACAGAGUUUUUUUCCAUCACAUUUUUAAACAUAAUAAUUUUAAUCACUAAUUUCUAAUCA